AACUUUGUCUCUUCACAGUAGACGACUUGACUUGAGUUUUCUCCCAAAUCUCAUGCAUAUAAAUGCCAAUAACUUCACUGUCUUCAGCAUAUUGGAUCUUGGCUCUAAGAUAACCAAACCACGAAUUUAACCUUCGAAAACAUGAAGCAAAAAAUUGUGAUGAAGGUGAAUAUGUAUUGCCAGAAAUGCCGAACCAAGGCUCUAAAGGUUGUUGCUGGAGCAAACGGUGUAAGUUUUGUGGGGCUAGAAGGAGAAGAUAAAAACAACUUGGUGGUGAUUGGAGAUGGCAUGGAUGCUGCUAAGUUAACGAAUUGUUUGAGGAAAAAGGUUGGACAAACUGAUAUCAUAAGCUUAGCCGAGGUUAAAGCCAAUUAAACCAUGAGCAAGAGAUGUUCAUUCUGUUUUGGUCUCUGUCUGUUUGGCUGCUAGUUCUAUCUAUCUAUUCAUUACGGUGUAUGCCAAAUAAGCCUAUACUUAUAGGGUUUAAUGUGAACUCUAAUAAGAGUGUUUAGCGUUUGCUAAGUAACGGUAUUAGUCGGCUUUCAUGGCGUUGGGCUUGCUUCAAUGAUGUUGAAUCAAAAAUCAACAACUUACUCGA